UUUUAAACCUCCAGCGAAUGAAGGAUCCGUUAUGGUGCCAUGGCGCGCAGCGAUGCGCACAGUAACUCCUCUGUGCGCUCUGUCCUGAGCGUCCGUGCCUGUGCGUAAUGAUACAUGGAGCGACAAUCCGCGUCCAACACCCGAUGCGACUCGUCGACCCGCGGCACUUGGCACAACUGAUGUCCCUGGAGGACCAGGAGCCCACCAUCGCCAUGGUGGGUGGGAUCAUUGGCCCGCGCAACGCCACGCCGGCAUCUGCAGCGGCAGUGGGGACGGAGCAGGAAGGACCCCCGGGUGAGGAGCACCAAUCCUUCCCUUGGGUGGUGACUCUUCUGGCCAGUGUCCUGAUCACGACCAUCGUGGUGGAUGUUAUCGGGAACCUGCUGGUCAUCGUGUCCGUGUUUAGGAACAAGAAGCUCAGGAAAGCAGGAAAUGCCUUUGUGGUGAGUCUGGCCCUCGCUGACCUCGUGGUGGCCAUCUAUCCCUACCCUUUGGUCUUGACUGCCAUCUUCCACGACGGCUGGAUCGCCGGGUACAUGCACUGUCAGAUCAGCGGCUUCCUCAUGGGCCUCAGCGUCAUCGGCUCGAUCUUCAACAUCACAGGCAUCGCCAUCAACCGCUACUGCUACAUCUGCCACAGCCUCAAGUACGACAAGCUCUUCUCCAACAGCAACACCAUGUGCUACGUGGUGUUGGUGUGGACGCUCACCAUCCUGGCUAUCGUGCCCAACUGGUUUGUGGAGUCCCUGCAGUACGACCCACGCGUGUACUCCUGCACCUUUGCUCAGUCUGUCAGCUCACUGUAUACCAUCACUGUGGUGGUGGUGCACUUCAUUCUGCCCAUCAGCAUCGUCACCUACUGCUAUCUGCGCAUAUGGAUCCUGGUUAUUCAGGUGCGGAGGAGGGUCAAGCCAGACUCAAGGCCUAAAAUAAAGCCACACGACCUACGCAACUUCCUCACCAUGUUCGUGGUGUUCGUGCUCUUCGCUGUCUGCUGGGCACCAAUAAACUUCAUCGGCCUUGCGGUGGCGCUGGACUCCAGGCUAGCUCUGGCCAUACCAGAGUGGCUUUUCACAGUCAGCUACUUUAUGGCGUAUUUCAACAGCUGCCUCAAUGCUGUCGUAUAUGGUGUCCUUAAUCACAAUUUUAGGAAGGAGUACAAGAGGAUCGUCCUGAUCAUUUUUAAGUUACACUGCUGAGACUGACAAACAGGUAAUUAUUAUCUUUUCUGAAUAGAAAAGGCCAUAAAUGAAGGACCAGUGCUUUACCAGGAAAAAUAGUGGAAUUAUUUAAAAGAGAGAAAAUCAUUUAAAGGGUUAGGGUUAUUAAAAUGACUAUUUAUAGCUAAAAUGUUAAAAAGUGGUGGAUAUAAGAAUAUAUGAUGAGUAAUAUAUGAGUAAUCUUAGUAAUGUGAUCCUUUUACUGUCUCCUUAUUUAAUGAAACUGUCUUCUCCCUGGAAUAUUCAAACACUGUGACUCACUGUGAUGCAUGACCUCCAACAAACCACUGUCAAGGCAGGGAAAACGUAUGUUGUUAAAAUACAGUUCAUUUCUGUUUGAUUGUUCUGACCAGAAAACGACUGACAUUCAAGGCAUUUUCGUAAUAUUACACAUUUAUAAAAAAAAAAAGAAAAUCCAAAACAAUGGCCUUGAAAAUCCUGAGUAUCAAUGUUGACAUUUAAUUUAUCUUCUUUUAUUACACGUUCUUCUCCGCAUU